AUGUCCGGCUCAAAUCCCUCGUCCUCGUCCCGCAAAGACGAGCGCAGGAGCCUGCUCCCCAUCUCGGAGCAGUCGCGCGCCCCUCCCACGCCUCCACCCGUCCAGCGACGCUCGUCCAACCCCUUGCCAGGCAUCAGCGCCACUGCCUCUUCGCUCCGCACCCGCAGAGCCGGCACCUCGGCCCAGCCCAACGCCAACAAGGCAGGCGCACUCCACCUCUCCGACCUCGACGAAAACGAACUCGACGACGAGGCCCCCGGAGACCUCGACCCCGCCAUCAACGUCAAAGUCAGCCGCACCCCGGCGAGCCUCCUCCGCGCCGCACUCACCCCGGCAAAGGCCUCGUCGGACGCCCAGCAGCCUGGCUCGGCCGCAAAUCGGCAGUCCGGAUCGCUCGCGUCGAAUCCAAGCCGCUCUCAGCAGCCUCAGCAGCCAUCCGGGUCAACCUCGUCCUCCGUCCGUCCUCCGCCGCCCUCGCCGGCCGCCAGCCGCUUCAAGGGCACACCGGCUCGCGCCACCCGCUACUCGCUCCCCGUCCGCGCAGAGAAGCCUGUCCGUACCACAAAGACCAGCGGCAAGCACAUCGUGCUCCCGAGCGAGAGCCAGCUCGCCCCGCUGCUGCCCCAGGAGGAAGAGGAUGAAGACGACGACGACGAUGACGACGACGACAGCGAGGACGACAGCGGCUCGGGCGACGACGACGACGAUGCCGAGUCCGAAGCAGGCGCCGCCGUCCGCCCCGCCGUAGCUGGCGAGGCCAAGCCGACUGGUGCUUCCGCCCUCCCUACUUCGGACGGCGCAUCGGGCGCGAAGAAGCCGCAGCUGCCCUCGGAGCCCGUGCUGCUCGGGGGCAGAGGAGCGGGCCAUGACCUCGAAGCCGUAUCCCAGGCGACCAAGCCUCCGGCGCGCAAGCCUGUCCCUGCUCCGCGAGCUGGCCCCACGAUUCCGACGGCGCGUGGCCGCGAGAUGGUCGCUCCAGUCGUUGGAAAGCUCGUGACUCCGGCCUCGACGCAGGCCGGACGCCGACCCGCCGCCUCCUCCGCCCUGGCGAGGGCUGCGGUGUCGUCGGUGUCCAGCGCCGCCGCCCGCGGCAUCAAGCAGAAACCUGCCGCCACCUUCCGCGCGACGGGCGUCCGAGCUCCGCCGCUGAAGCCGCUCAGGAGCGGUCCCGUCUACCACACUUUCGAGCGCAUGGCUCCGUCGGCACGCGUCAUGACGCCGUUGCCCCGCCUGACGGCCUACAGCAUCUCGUCGUCGAUCCACCUCGGCACGCUGCUCGGCUUCCUGCGGCGCGAGCACGGCGUCAAGCCGCGCCUCUACGAUGAGUGCGCCUACGCCGUGUACACCAAGCCUCUGCUCCCCGGCUUCGGCCGCGCCAAUGUCCGCAGCGCGCCCGAGCCGAGAAGCGCCAGCCCGGGCGCCGAGAGUCGGCGCGAGCGCGAGCUCGAGGAGCGCGAGGAGUUCGGCUACGUCGGCACCUAUUUCGAGCAUCGCAGCGAAGAGGGCGACGACAUCGACCCAGACGGCUACAUCAAGGGCGGCGAGGGUCGAGGCAGCGAGAGCGAGAGUCGCCACGGGCACCGUCAUCGCGACGGCGACGAGCGGCGGGAGGGGGGCGAGACGAGCGCGUGGGAGAGCGAGGCCGAGCACGGCCGCCGACGCCGAGACAGCGGCGGCCAUCUCGAAUCCGAGACCGACAACGAGCCGCAGAGCUACGAUGGCGCAAUGCGCGACCACUCAACCUCUCCUCGCCGUCAGCCGUACCACCUCGGCGGCGGCAGCGGCGGCGGCGGCGACGGCGAUGAACGAAGCAACGAUGCCAAUCGCCAGCAGGACCAGCAACGCCAGCCGCAGCACGAGCGCACGCUGAGCAGCAGCUCGUUUGAGGAGGACGAGGCGAUGCUGGCCACGCCGCUUGCAAGGCCGGUGGCAGUCGAGCGCCGCAGCGACGGCUCGGAUCCCGAGGACGCCGUACGUCGACCGUUCCUGCUCGAGCGCAAGCGAUCGGGAAGCCAGAGCAGCUCGGACCUCGGCGACUACUCGCGGUCGUGGCGCGACGAGGAGCAGCGCCGCUCCAAUGCCAGCGACCUGACGGCCGUCGAGGGCGAGGUCACCGACCCGGACACGGCGGGCGCGCGCGACAUGCUGAUCCAGCAGCUGGCAGAGGAGAUCGACGGGCCCAAUGCGAUUGCAUCUUCGUACCGCAGCACCGACACGGUCCUGUCCGCCGAGCUGACCAGCGAGGCCGAGGAGAUCCUUGCCGGGCCCGGCGGCGGCGGCUCGAGCCGGCCGAGCAGCCGACGGAGCAGGAGCAGGAGCGCGAGCGAUGGCUCUCUGCGCGGCGGCGGCAACGGUGCCGAUUCGCCGCUCGAUGCGAUCCCAGAGGGCGAGGUCCGAGCGCUGGAACAGCUCGUUCCCCUGCCGCCCGAGAUGCCGGGCCGGCUGUCGCCAUCGCACCGCACCUCUUCCAGGGACCGGCUGCGCCUCGACGACGAGGGCGAGGGCGACCGCGAUCGCGAGCGGCGGGUGGCGUCGCCGAGCCGGCCGGAGCUGCCGCGCAAGAAGAGCAAGAGCCGGCGCAAGCAGCGCAAGCGCAACAAGUUCAGCGGGCCCAACAUGGCGUCGCACAACCACGACACGUCGGCCAACAUGCUGACGCCGCGGCCGAUCCUCGAGGCGCUGCAGUCGGCCGAGCUCAUCAUCCUGCCGUACGGCGUGCUGGUGAUGUACAACUUUACGGCGGCCGAGGAGCGCUCGAUCAUCGACGACGUGCUGUCGUCGGGCUGCGCGCGCGACAUUAUGGCCGAGGACGAUCGCGAGACCGAGGCCUUUCACUUCUGCUACGACCCCAACAUUGCGGCGCCGCGCAUCUUCAACGACUUUUUCACGUUCCGGGCGCCCAACCACCUGCUCAAGCUGUCGCUGGCGCAUGCGAUUGCGCAGAGCACCAAGCUGAGCGUGUUCGAGGAGCGGAUGCAGGACUCGCUCGAGGUGACGUCGCACAUCCCCAAGGAGAUGGCGUCGUCGGGCGAGCUGCGCCUCAAGCGGCGCGAGGCGCUGCGCCUGACGGGCCGCCUGUUUAAGCUGCGCGUCGACGUCAACCUCACGUCCAACGUGCUCGACACGCCCGAGCUGUUUUGGAGCGAGGCGUCGCUCAAGCUCCUCUACGACGCCAUCCGCGACUACCUCGAGAUCGACGAGCGCGUCGAAAACCUAAACGAGCGCCUCGCCGUCGCCAACGACUUGCUCGAGAUCAUCCACGAGCACAUUGCCAACGCUGCCAUGUCCAAGAUCACCUGGAUCGUCAUCAUCCUCAUCGUCGUCGCAUGCGCAGUGGCCGUGGGAGAGAUUUCGGCCCGCUUCGUCGUCGGCGCCAACCGGACCGCCGAGGAAAAGGCCUUCCGUGCCGCCACUCGCUUCAUGGUCCAGGGCCGAUCGACGCUCUGA